UUCCGAUGUGACAAGCUAUAUCCAACCCUGAACCAAAUCAUUGCCAGAUACAGAUAUGUGGGUCGAAAAGGGAAAGCCACUGCAGCCAACAGCGCCUGGUUUUAUAAUAAUGUUGCCAAGUACACUGCACCCAACGACCUGCAGGACCUGGGCAGGACCAUCAUGGCGUGGUUCUUCAGUCGAGGAAUCGGGUCUUAUAGCAUCUUCAACGGCGUGGACAUGGAUUGGCACAAGCAACAAGGCAGAUAUAUCAGAGACAAC